GACAUUCUCGUCAUCUUCGCAUUUAUGUAAGCAAAUUAAAACACACUUGUCAGUGAUAUCCACUCCAUCAGAAACGCUCGACCGUUUGCUUCUUAAAUCCUUUAUUUCUCUCCUUGUUAUUUUUCAUCUUUAACGAUACGAAUUUCCAACCCCACCACAAUCUUUCCUCUCUCUCUCUCUCUCUCUCUCUCUCUCUCUCUCUCUCUCAAAGUUUCUAAAGAAAAGAAAAAUGAGGCAACACUCCUUGUCUUUGUUACAGUUGGUACUGCUGUUGCUACCCCCUCCAAGCAUGACAUUUACCGUGAUCAUGACGGACUCAAACGUCCCGUCGACACUCGUCGAUACCCCACAAACCGGAUUCUCCAUUGCCCAUGAUCGUGCACGCACUGAUUCCCAUGAGCAAAAGGCCGUUUACGAGAUCAUGAAGGCUACCGGUAACUCAUGGGCUACUUCCAUUCCUGACGUCUGCCGUGGCCGUUGGCAUGGGAUCGAGUGCAUGCCUGACAAGGACGAUGUCUACCAUAUCGUCUCUCUCUCGUUCGGCGCACUUUCCGACGACACCGCCUUCCCUACUUGCGAUCAAUCUACCUCCUUUAUCUCCCCUUGGCUAACUAAACUACCCCACAUCAGGUCACUCUUCUUCUACCAGUGUUUCACCCGUAACCCUCAACCUAUUCCUCCCUUCCUUGCUCACCUAGGUCCCACCCUCCAGUCUCUUGUCCUUAGGAACAAUGGGCAUGUGGGUCCCAUCCCCACCCAGUUGGGAAAUCUCACUUUGCUUCGCGUUCUGGAUCUCCAUUCAAACAAUCUAACCUCAUCCAUCCCUCAGUCAUUCACCAACCUGGCCCAUCUCCGAUCACUGGAUCUCAGUAGCAAUCGAUUAACGGGUAGGAUUCCAGAUCUGCCCACGUCAACACUCAACGUACUCGACCUCAGCCAGAACCUCCUCCAAGGCUCGAUCCCUGCCAGUCUCGGAAACUGCCCUUCUCUUAUUAAGAUGGAUUUAAGUAGAAACUACCUUACAGGUCCCAUUCCCAACUCUUUCGACGGUCUCAGAAGCCUAAUGCUGCUUGAUCUCAGCUACAACCGCCUGUCCGGCCCAUUCCCAGUCUCACUCGGGAGCUUAACUUCUCUCAGAGCACUGAUCCUAAAAGUGAACUCUAUGCAAUCAACGGUCAUUCCCAAUGCCGUCUUCUCACCUCUAAAAAAUCUGAUGAUCCUUAUUCUCUCCGACAUGGGCCUGCAUGGGACCAUACCUGAGUCAAUCGGCUGCUUACCCAGUCUACGUGUUCUUCAUUUAGACCGGAAUGAUUUAAACGGUUCCAUUCCUCAGAGCUUCAGGCACUCGGGCAAUCUCAACGAACUAAGGGUGAACGACAAUCGGUUGGUGGGUCCCAUACCGUUCGGUAGGGAGAUGCUGUGGAAAAUGGGCAGGAAGCUGAAGCUUGCAAACAACUCAGGCCUUUGUUAUGAUGGAUGUAGUAGCAACGGUCGAGAUGAGGGCGUUGAUUCCUCGUUUGUGCUGGGGAUCGCUUGUUGUGAGUCCCAAACAGCACCAGUGGGGACCACAACGAAGCAUCUUUCAUCUAUUGAUCAUCAAGAGCCAGAACACAUUUCACCAUCCGUUUCUGGAGCAUCUGCCCUUAAUUAUAUGCAGCUGCUUCCAUCGACAGCGAUUUUGCUGAUGGGGCUUCUGCUGUUGUGAUUGUUUGCUUGAAGUCUUCCUGUUAGAAACUCUGUAAAUGUAAUUUCUGUCUGUUGCAUAUCCUAGAAACAGUUGCAGUUUUUGAGUUUUCCACUUGAGUAGGCCCCACUAUGGUGUUAGUGUUUAAUCCACCCCAACCAUCACCUGUGGAACCAAAUUUUAUUCUAAGGUCCAAAAAUCAACCCCGGCCAUAGUUUAUUUACACUACAGGAUUUGACAUAGUGUACAUAGAAAGCACACCCGUGAAACUGUUUCUCA